CUUACGCUCCAUGGUGAGAAAGAACAGUACCUCGUCCUUUCCAAUUGGACGUAGUACUCUACUAACAACUCCACAAAUCAUAUCCCAAUAAUUCUUGCAAGCAGCAGCAAUGGAGAUUCAACCACAAGUGCCGAGGGUGAAAUUAGGCUCACAAGGCUUAGAGGUUUCGGGGAUAGGAUUGGGGUGCGCUGGGCUUUCAGGGUUACUGAAUGCCCCACUGCCUCAUGAGGAAGGAGUUGCAUUUCUGGAACAAGCUUUCGCCAGUGGGAUAACUUUCUUUGACACAGCUGAUGUCUAUGGAGAAAAGGGGGACAAUGAGAUCAUGAUCAGCAAGGCAUUGAAGAAACUACCUCGAGAGAAAGUCCAACUUGCAAGUAAAUUUGGCCUAGUUUCGGUUUCCCUAGUAGAAGUCGAGGUCAAUGGAAGUCCCGAAUACGUGCGCCAAUGCCUCGAAGACAGUCUUAAGCGCCUUGACGUUGAUUACAUCGAUUUGUACUAUCAGCACCGUGUUGAUCAGUCUACACCAAUAGAAGAAACUAUGGGAGAGUUGAAGAAGCUCGUGGAAGAGGGAAAAAUUAAAUACAUCGGUUUAUCUGAAGCUAGCGUCGACACGAUCAAGAGGGCUCAUGCCGUGCAUCCUAUUACGGCCUUGCAAAUUGAGUAUUCGUUGUGGAGUCGUGAAGUCGAAGAAGAUGUGAUUCCUACUUGUAGGGAACUCGGCAUUGGAAUAGUAGCGUAUAGUCCUCUUGGCCACGGAUUCUUUGGUGGGAAGGGAAUUGUAGAGACGAUUCCUUCCGAGAGUUACUUGGGAUACCACCCGAGGUAUUCGGGUGAGAAUUUUGACAAAAACAAAGUUUUGUAUUCCAAGUUUGCAAGUUUGGCGAGCAAGCAUUCGUGUACCCCGGCACAACUAGCUUUAGCGUGGCUCGUUCAUCAAGGCAACGAUGUUGUUCCAAUACCCGGGACUACGAAGAUUAAGAACUUGGAUGAUAAUAUCGGGUCCUUCAAAUUGAAGCUAACACCGGAGGACUUGAAAGAGAUUGCCGGGGUAAUAUCUGUCGAUCAAGUCGGAGAUAGAGACUUUGAAGUUUUCAAGAAGUAUGCCUACAAACUUGCAAAUACUCCAAAGAAGAAGUGAGUUUGAAAAUAUUGUCGAUGUUCUAUGUAUGAAUGAAUAAACUUAGUUUGUGUAAACUUUAUGUGUACUUGUUUGUCAUCGGGACGUUGUCUGAUUGCUUAUUGUUUUAUGUUGUGGUUGAAAGUUCGAUUUUAUUGGAUAAACUGGGAUGUUGUUUGAUUGUUUAUCAUUAUAUUGUGGUUGAAAGUUAGUUUUA